ACUAGCUAUGCUUCAAUGAAUCGCAAUGGCAAAACUAACUCAAAAAAAGGUCCUGAAAAGGACUAUAAUGCUUAUAAGGAGUUCACAGACAGAGAGACUGAGGCACAUAUUGUGGCAAAGUGGAUGGAAUUUGCUGGGAUAAAUAGUUUUGAAGAUCUUCCCCAAACGAGGCCUAUUCCAAAGGAGAUUGAAAAGUGGACCCGUGAACAGAAAUCAGCCUGGCUAUGUGAAGAAGUGAAACAGUUCCUGGGAAGUGCCCUCUUAUCAGCAACUGAUUUGGCUGAAAGAGUUCAUGUCCUGGAUACCACUCACAGAGAAGGGUUCACUUGUCGUAGCCCAGAAUGUCUUAAGGUGUUUCCCCUCCAUUCAAGUAGGGUUAGGCAUAAGAUAUCUCAUCAUCCUCAGCUUAACAUUGAAACUAAUGGUGACUAUGAUCGAGAUAGCUUAAGAUACUACAAGUGCCGAAGUGGAGAUUGCCUUUUAGUUUUCAUACAUUAGGAAUCACAAGUCAGGCAUGAAAGAUUACAACACAAGAAUGAAUUUGAGAGCCARGGCGUACUCCCUGAAAAACACAAAAAAUGUAAAGAAGAUGGCAUUUUCAACUAUCAUAAUGCUCGAUUACAGUGUGGCCUGAUCUUCUUGAACAUGGCUGAUGCUAUCAAAGAAGGUGAUGGAGAAAGGCUUGUGAGAUGAUACAAGCUUAUACUCCUGUUUGAGUACAAAUUUAAUCAUACCAAAUAUGCAUAUGCCUUAUUAUCAGAAAAAGAGGCUACGUCACUUGUAAAUAACCGUUUUGUGAACACGAAAGGAUCUAAAGGAGGGAACAUCCCGCUUCGCUUACAUAUGGAGCAUCUCAAUCUUGAUGUCAAAAAGCUGCUUCAGGCAAUGGGAGGAAAACUGACCCAUACAGCAGCACAAAGAUCUGCCAGAAGUAUGACUGUGAUGAAUAAGGUCAUGAACACUGUUUAUGAAGAAUGUGAUAAAUCUCAUCGAGCUGGCUAUCAUGAUAACAAAACAAUCCAGGAGACKGUGCAAUCCAUAGCCACUGAUCCAUUACAAGGAAACGUUUUUGAYCAUACUCCAGGGAGGGCCUACGCUUCAUUCCCAAAUUUUAAAAGUAMCAUUCUUGACAUCGAUUAUAGAGACUUUUUCAAAUGGAUACACAACCAUCUGAAAGAGUGUCAAGGAGUAUAUGAGACAACACAAGAAUGAGAAAGCAAAAUAGUGGACAAUUUAAAAUGUACAGUUACCACAUUUAUUAUUACAUCUGUA